CCGAUUAACCAGAUUAUUGGGUUUAGAUAAUGACAAUGGGUAAACACAAUAGAUAAGCAACAAUUUAUACAUGCUAAUCAAAUUGAUUAUCAGCUAGCCAACAGUUGCCAGGUAAAUCCUUUUUAGCUCAUAUCUUUUUUCUGGUUCACCCAUAAAUCUGGUUAGUCUUUUCCUUUGUAUUUUUUUUGCCUUUACUUUUUCCCCACUUUUUGCCGUUAUCAUCUCACUAUCUCAUUGAGCCAAUGAUGAUAAAUAUUGUUCAUCAAUUGUUAUAACUUGAUUACUUAAUUGCUGUGAGUAUCUAGAGUACGGUUCAAUAUUGUACAACAAACAAGAGUCAAUUUAUAUUACAAACGUCAACCUUUUCCGAGUCUUGAUUUAGCUUUUCUACUUUGCCUCAUUUUGCCUUCACAUUUUUUUUGUUGCUGGUAAAAGUAGAAAUUAAUUUUCCAUCAAAUUAUUGUUCAAAACAAAUCAUCAUCAACCCUGUGUUCAUCCAAAUUAUCGGCAAACACAUUCAUCACUACCAUCAUCUUGAUCAACAACAACAACAUAAUUACCAGUCAACCAAUGAACCAAACAAAAAGUGUCUUUAUACUUCCAUUGAAUCAAUGUUUUGUAAUUUGUGUGUUCAAGUAAAUUAUAACCUUCAUAGAGUGUCAUUACGCCAUUUGUGUUGAUCACCAAAAAAAACGUAAAAAAUUUUUCGAUAUUUUACUUUUCUCUACCUUUAAUGUUUGUUAUUGAAUGGUUUUAUACUAAUCUCUUGUGACCUCAUUAAUCCCGUCAACUUUUGUCCAACCAUUUUGGCUACUCAAGUACAGGUAACCUUUAAUUGAGCAAGAAAAAAAGUGUCAAGAGUGACAAAUAACUAGCAACAAAAUCCAAGAAUUAAAAGCAUAUCUAAAAGCACAUCGAAAGGUAACAAACUACAAAUGACCAAAUCACGAGGACUGAACAGAUAUGUGAAAAAGGUUUCGAUACCUUUUCUAUACUCUAAUCCAAUCGGUAAAUUUUUAUUAACUGAAGAGGUUGCCAACAUUUGGACCCACUUUAAGGAUCCUUAUAAAAACAAUGAGCUCGUUAAGCGAGCCAAAGAUGUCUUGGAAGACAUUAAGGAUCCCUUGAGACGCUAUUAUAUAUCAACCAUACCUCAAGCCAAGUUUUAUAAAGGUUUACUCCUUCAGGGUUACAUGAUAUCACCAAUGUUUCUCUCCAACCUGGAAGACUUGACCAUUCACAGUGCAGAUGUUUUCCUAGUCUCCUACCCACGGUCAGGCACAACCUGGACCGAAGAGGUUCUCAGUUGUAUCAUAUCUGAUGCUGAUCCAGCCUACCUAUCCAUUGAUCUACACGAGCGAGUGGUUCACCUCGAGGUUGGAGCUCCUUUCCGUCACGAGUCCAUCGUUGAGACACUCGAUUCACCAAGACUGUUGGCCACUCACCUUCCCUUUCAAUACUGUCCCAAACAGUUGAGAAACUUGAAGUGCAAGGUUAUUCUAGUGUUGAGGAAUCCUAAAGAUCAGUUGGUUUCGUAUUAUCAUUUCCAUGAGACUGCCGGUUUCCUUGGAGGUAAAAGGCAUCCCUGGAACAAAUUUUUUGAAUGCUAUCUGCAGGGUCACCUUGUCUAUGGAUCAUGGUUUGACCACACAAAGACUUGGUGGGAAGAGGCAAAGAAACAUCCAGACAAGAUAUUGGUCAUUACAUACGAGGAAAUGCAAACUGAUUUGGCUAAAAUGGUAAAAAUAAUUGGCGAGUUUCUUGGUAAACCGGUAAAGGAGGAAACAUUACCCAAGAUAAUUAAUCACUGUUCAUUCAGUACCAUGAAACGAAACAAGGCAGUCAAUCGAUCCGAGGUUCCAGUCAAAGGAUUGUUUGACAAUCAAAGUAAAAGCUUCAUGAGAUCUGGAAGGAUUGGAGAUUGGAUGUCACACUUUUCACCGGGACAAGUGGAAAUUUUUGAUGAAAUUUACGAGGAAAAAAUGGCCGGCACUGGACUUACAUUGACUUUUACUGCUGAAGAGACGAGUCGGGUUAUGGCUGAAAAGGGUCGAGUCAUUAAUCAAUUUGUUGAUUGUAAACCAAAUGCAGAGGAAAAGGAAAAUUUAUAAAAAUUUUUGCUCUUAUUGUAAUAUUUAUUAUCUGUUAUUUAAACUGUUUUUUGUUUGACAAAUAAAUGCUUUUCAUUAAUUUACA